GGGCCUAAGAAUUAUUAUUAUUUUUUGACAUUGACAUUUAUUGAAGAGCAAAAUGUAAAUAUAAACUGGUUAAUGUUUAAGUGUAAUGUUCAAAUCUGUACAUUUUUGCAGAGGUGGAAUGAAAAGCUGAGUACAGAGGAAGUGCUUGUUGUUCAGCUCUGUCAUUCUAAGAGCUGAGCUACCAUGUCCCACGGCUGCCUGCCUAAUCAUUAGAUUUCACUUAGAAAUAAGAGUAGAAACAUCUGAUAGUGAAAAAGAGGAAGGAACCUAGAAUUGUGUUAGACUAGAUGUGAUAUGAGAGGUAUGGAGUAUGCAGCAGUUCUGUUUUCAGGAACGUUAACAAUGCUAUGGUUCUGUUGAUGGUAUUUGUUCUGAUGUUGUGUGUCAGUGUUGCUUUUGAAAUGCUAUUAAUUGUUUCUUCUGGAGAUACAAAUCUGUGAAUGUUGGGCAGGUGGGUACUAUGUGGAUGUUGAUCACUGCCUUCAGGUUCUGAAAAUACUAAGUAACUUUUUGCUGCCAGUCAGUUGUGAUUACAGUAGUCCUUAAAGAUAGCAGAUCAUUAAGGUGAAAUUGAACAGCAUCAUAUCAUGUGAAGAAACCUUCUAUACCAUUUGAUUUUAAACAUAUAUAAAGGUUGCCAGAAAGAACUAAACAGUAAUUUGCCUGUAAUUUCAAGUGUUUUAAUGUGAAAAGAGGGGAAUGUUGUAAACAGUUUAGAGAAAUGGCUAUGUCCUGUUUACUCCCUAUAUUGGAAGGAACCACUUGGGAGAGUUAACUUGGUAUUUAGGUUCAACUUACUAUUUCUCUGUAAUGAAUGCCUCUUUGACGUAUGUGUCACCUCUGCACAGGGAUUUUUUGUUGUUUGUAUUUUCAGCCUCCACCCAGGGUGUAUAGCAAAUGAUUAAGUAAAAGUAACAUAUUACCUUUUACACAUGCAGCAAUCCCUGAUUUAAAGCAAGCUUGUUAUUGAUUAAACUUGCAUGCUUAAUUUUUUUUUUUAACUGUGGAAUGCAUUUUGAAAGCCACUUAAUGAUUAUUGCUUGGUCUGUUUCUGAUAAUAAUAUUGUAAACAAAUAAUUUUAUAUUGAGCGACCACUUUUAUAGUUCAAUUGAAAUGAUUGUGUGUAGUCAGUGGGGUGUGUACUUAUCUCUAAGCUUUAAUUAGAAAGAGUUGGGAUCAAAGUCUGUCAGUGCUGAUAGCAACUUUAUAUCAAAUGUGCCUCUGGUCAGUGCCCGCAGUUCCAGUGUAAUGAAGCACAUUGCUCCAAGAGAAGACACUUAAGUCAGUGUGAGCUUGCAUUUCCAAGCAGUGAGAGGUGGCAGGGGUUUUAAGUCAUGAUUAUUUGGCUGUCAAAAUACUACAAAAACAGGUGUUUUCCUCUUUCACCCAGAAAGAAGUUCUUUGCAAUUACAGGAUUUUCUUCUGUGAAAAUAAAAAAGUGAUCUGCUUGUGAGAGUUGUUUUUUGUUUGUUUGUUUGUUUGUUUUUGUUUUUGUUUUUUUUGAACAGUUUCUUUUUUUUUUUUUAUAUUCUCAAAAAUGCACUGCAACUAUCAUUUUAAAUUUCUGUCCAAAAGUGAAUCUUUAGAAUAAGUCUGUCUUAGAAUUUUGGGAUAGCAUAGAUGCAUAUGCAUAGAUGCAUAAUCUCACAUAACAUAUGUGAGAUUAAAAUUUGGCUACCCAACUUGGAUGUGAAAUUCAUCACGUUAAUUAAAAAGAUCACUGUUAGGUAUAACUCUGUCAAAGCUGUUGUAACUGUUGAUCCAUAUAAAUUCAAGAGAAAUAUGUUUUUUUUGUUUCCCCUAGAAAUUGUCUAGACAAAGAGAAGGAAUGUAACUGUUAUCAUCUGAGCCUAGUAGUUUACAGGAGAAUUUACAGGAAGGUCCCAGACAGAUAGAAACACAACUUAGUAUGUAGUUAUAGUCACUGCUAAAUAUCUUGUUAGCUGAAGUUUGUGUCUGUCUUAGUAGUGACUGGAAUUGGGAAUAAAUGUGAUAAUCAUAGUUGUGAAGCAUAACUUGGGGAUUUUAUGUAUCUCUCCCUCUAUAUACAAAUGGAAAUUUUUUUGCAACUUUUGCUGUAAAGAAUUGAUUUGAGUCAAGUUGUAUUUGACAUCUAGGGGGAAAAUAGCAAUACAAUACUUGCUGCACUUGCUCCUCCUCUUUUUAUAGCUGCUGCCGCCUAUUAGAAGGUGCAUCUAAUUAGCAAUCCACUUAGUGUGAGCUCCUACUGGCACUCACUUCUGUAAGGUAGAAGAAUAUUUUCUCCUUCAACUUUGGUAGAAUAAGAAACCUCAAAUUACAAAACAUCUGUCCUUAGAACUACUUUGUAUAUGUGAAUAAAGGAACAUGGCACGACAUAACAAGAAUAUUAACCAAAAUGAAGAGUUGUUUGCAGCCUUCCCAUGGCGAGUUUUAGGCACAGAUAACAUGGAACAGAAAACCUACAGUGACACUGACGUGGUCAAACAUCUGCUAGCUGAGAAAGACCGGGACCUGGAACUGGCAGCUCGAAUUGGACAAGCCCUGCUUAAGCGAAACCACCUGUUGACAGAACAGAAUGAAGCACUAGAAGAGCAGUUAGGACAAACUCUAGAUCAAGUUAACCAGCUGCAGCAUGAACUAUCGAAGAAGGAUGACCUACUUCGUAUUGUUUCAAUUGCUUCUGAGGAAAGUGAAACAGAUUCCAGCUGUUCUACACCACUUCGUUUCAAUGAGUCUUUCAGUGUAUCACAAGGUCUUUUGCAGCUGGAUAUCUUGCAAGAUAAACUCAGGGAGUUGGAAGAGGAGAACCUUGCUCUCCGUUCGAAGGCUUGCCAGCUGAAGACAGAAACCAUUACGUACGAAGAGAAGGAACAGCAGCUAGUCAGUGACUGUGUUAAAGAGCUCCGGCAAACAAAUGCUCAAAUUUCCAGAAUAACAGAGGAGUUGUCAGAGAAGAGUGAGGAGCUGGUUCGCUACCAGGAAGAGAUCUCAUCCCUUCUGUCUCAGAUUGUUGAUCUUCAGCAUAAACUCAAAGAACAUGUGAUUGAAAAGGAAGAGCUGAAACUUCACUUACAAGCUUCCAAAGAUGCUCAGAGACAAUUGACAGUAGAGCUACAUGAGUUGCAAGAUCGGAACACAGAGUGUCUAGGGAUGUUGCAUGAAUCACAAGAAGAAGUGAAGUUGCUGCGCAGCAGAGUCCGCUCUGUUGCUUGUCUCUGCCAUCCCCAGUCAUGUGGAGCAUUUCCUGUGGAUUCCCUUGCAGCAGAAAUUGAAGGGACAAUGCGUAAGGAAUUGAGUCAGGGUGAUGAAUCUCUUCUAUCCAAGCAGAAGGGUCAACAUAAACGAGUAUUCGACACUGUCAAGGUUGCUAAUGUCACUCGUGGACGCUCGUCUUCCUUUCCUGUCCCAUUACCAAUUCCUGGUUCUAAUAGGUUAAGUGUUGUUAUGACAGCAAAGCCUUUUCAGUCUGGCUUACAUUCGGAGGGACACACACAGAUGACCCAGAGGAGCAGCUCUGAGAAGAAUUUGAAGGGCACGCAUAAGUGUGGCCAGCCAGGAACUCCUGGGGACAAUGACUUAGUCACAGCUCUGCACAGGCUCUCCCUCCGUCAUCAGAACUACCUGAGCGAGAAGCAGUUCUUUGAGGAGGAAUGGGAGCGAAAAAUGCAUUUGCUUGCUGAGCAGAAAGAAGGAGCAAGUGGUAGUAAUACACCAACAGAAAGCUGUUUUUCCUUGGGUACAAACUCAGAAUUCACUGAUUUCUCUGCCAGCUCUAGUAACCUCCGUGUCCUCCUACCAGAAAAGUUGCAAAUUGUCAAGCCCAUUGAAGGAUCUCAGACCCUGUUUCACUGGCAGCAGCUUGCUCGACCCAACCUAGGCACCAUUCUGGACCCAAGACCAGGUGUUGUUACAAAAGGUUUUACCCCUCUGACUGAUGAUAGUGUGCACCACAUCUCUGACUUGGAGGAGGAUGAUGAGGAAGAAGGUGAAGGAGGUAUAACAUUUCAAGUGCAACCAUCCUUUCUGGAGAAAAAGAAGUGUGCAGUGUCAAAGCAAGGGUCAGGGAUUUUCCUGUCACCUAUUACUUCAGUAGCAGUACCACUCACUGCCUCAAAUCCUGGAAAGUGUCUAUCUUCAACAAAUUCCACAUUUACCUUUACUACAUGUAGAAUCCUUCACCCAUCUGAUAUCACCCAAGUUACUCCCAGCCCCAUGUGUACCCCGUUUUCACUUGGAAAUAGUGGCAGCAGCACUGGAAAUCCAGUAGUGAGCACUCCAGCCAUGUCUUACAGGCUUAAUAUUGGAGAAUUUCUCACCAACAGAGGAGAUUCAACAACUACCCUCAGCAGCACCAGCAGUCUGGCACAGCUUUUGCAAGAACGAGGCAUCUCUGCCAAGGUUUAUGAUAGCCCCAUAUUAGAAAAACUGCCUUUGCUACAGCCUCCUCAAACAGUCCCUUUUCCGUCUACUCCACCCAAUUCUCCCUCACAUUCACCUUGUCCUUCCCCUUCACCAUUUGAGCCUCGAGUGCAUCACUCAGAAAAUUUCCUGGCUUCCCGACCAGCAGAAACAUUCUUGCAGGAAAUGUAUGGCCUAAAGCCCUCCCGCAACGCUCCAGACAUAGGCCAGUUGAAGAUGAACCUAGUGGACAGGCUGAAGAGGCUGGGUAUUGCCAGGGUGGUUAAGCCCCCUGAGACAAAGGACCACAGGAAGAAUCAGGGGCCAGAGGUUAGCUUACGGAGGCAGGACUCAGCUGUGUUUUUAAAUGCAGGUAGCAACUUAAUGGCAGGACUGAGAAGAAACCAGAGUCUUCCAGCCAUGAUUGGAGCACUGGGAGCUCCAGUCUGCACACAGUCGUCAAAAAUGGAUAUCCUAAAGGAGGACUGACUGGUAUGGACUUGUAGCAUGGUAAAUAAUACUUGAGGAAUAAACAUCCAGUACGGGUAUGGUUAGGUGUGUUACAGAAGAGUUGAAGAAGGCAUGUGCAUGCUAAAAGAUGGGGGAGAGAGAAGUGUUGGGAUCAAGGAGAAAAGAACAAUGCUUAGGUUUGAGGAAGAAGGCUUUUGUGGAAGACAAGAAAAGAAAGAAGCCAAAGCUUAGUUUUGUGAUCCCUUCAGCAUGUUUUAGCUUAAAUAAAAGACCAUUGUAGACAUUCUCAGCAUUUAAACCUUUUAAACUGUAUUUGUAAAACCAUCUUGCAGGUGCUGUUCUAUUUUUUCUGCCAUACGACCAUAGGAUUUUGCUAUUUGUUAGCAGUCAGAUCAUAUCAUUUAAAUGCAAUGUUAGAAUAAUGACCAGCUUAAUUGGUCCAAGUUCUUCUCUGUAGCAAACAAAUGCAAAAACUUGGGACAUUUUUGAUUCUUGUAUUUUCUAGUUCAGAAACCAUACUCUUUUGAACUCCCCACAUUGAGAAGCAGGUGAGAGAACCUUUAAUUCUAUGUAAGAAAAUAGUACGUACAUUUAUGAAUGCCAAAACAGAUGGUCAGCAUUUGUUUUUUGAGAGUGCCAUUGUGCUAGUGAGAUAAUAACAGAAGUUAAUUUCUUUCCAGAGCUUCUGAAGCAUACAGUGGAAGGUGCAAUGAAUAAGAAUUACGAAGCAGAAAAGUAUAUAUUAGGUGAAAAUUUCAAGCUAAGAAAUCUUUCCAAAGUGUCCCAUGCAUCUUUGUAAAUGAGGGCAUUUUUGCACACACAAAAAAAUCUCAGGCACAUUUUUAUUUUCUUUUGCAACACUGAAACUACAUGCUCAAUUUAAUUAUUUCAAUUUUAUUUGAAAUAAGCAAAGAGUAUUUACUUAAAUGCUUGAAAAUUCAGAAAUCUGACUUUUCUCUUGAUAGGUAGACAUUCCAUACAUUUUAGAGUUUUGCAGUAAACAUCAUGCUUUUCAUUCAGAUAUUUCUGAUUUUAGGCAGGAUUUUGUUUAAAAGAUUUCCUUUGGAGCAAAAUUUACCAUUCUAUAUUCAGAAACAAGAGAUGAAAGAUAGUGUUCUUUGUAGCAUUUUAUGAACACAGAUCAAUUUUAUCUGUUGGAAUCCCAUGUUCCAAUGAUGGAGAGUGGUUCUGAAUCUGCUUUUGAACAGAACUAAGGCAGGCAUUCUGUCCCAAAAGAAAAUCAUUUGGAGAAAUCUGAUUUCUCAGUGGUAUUCAGCAAAGUAUUAUUGUCCAUGCUGCUUUUUGGUUUCCUUUCUGUGCAAGCUUUUAGUUAUAACUGAAUAAUCUACAAUAGAUUUGUAAGGUAACGUAAAGAAGAAAAAGUAUUUGCCAAAAGUUCUUUGGAGGAAUAGGCUAGUGACCGGAGUGGAAAGGGGUUCUUAAUCAGUAUGUGAUUUUUCACUGUACUUAUCAACAUAUUUAAAUGAUUUUAAAGUAUGUUUCCAUACAAUUAGAUAAAACAGUCAAUGUUUAGCUUGGCUGUUGCAGUGUAUGUGGAAUAUAAUGGCUGGUAUCUUUCUGGGUGCAUGGUGUGAAGCAUUGGUAUAAUUACACAGAUUUGCUUUUGGCAUAUGGCACAUCAAAAUAAUCAGCAUCGUUUUUGCUUCAGGGUUGAGUGGAAUAGGGUAGGAGAACAAAGUGUCUUAAACUGAUUUAUAUGUGGCCUUUCUGCUUUUACAUCACUAUAGAUCUUAUGAUUACUCUCUGAUAUAGCAGUCUUUCUUUUUUUUUUUUUCUUUUUUUUUUAAUUAAAACGAGUAACCACCUCAAACUUGCACAGGGAUUCUCAACAGAAACUUGUCUGUCAGCAACGCACAGAAAUAUUCAGGAAUUCCUGGAGUUGCCUCUUGCUAUCUAAGCAAAAACUUAAACUUAUAAAAGGUGAAUUUUAUUUAAAAUACUAUAUACGGGUUAAUAUUUUUUUUUAAUGAAAAUUAUAUACUACUAUUGUGUAUUUGUUUGUACUUCCUUAACUGUGCACAGGGUCUUACCUAGCUAAAUAAGGUAAGAAUGAAAGGUCUGGGAAGAGGUAAUGUUGCUCUCCAGUGAACUAAGAAAUGAGUUGACAGAAGGUUAGGCAGUUCGGUAUAAACAGAGAAGUAUAUAAUGUGUCAAAAGUAUGUCCAUUUUUUGUACGUUUAUUAUAGGAAUACAUGUAAGUAAGUGACAGAAAAUUUUUUAAAGGUAUUUCACUGUGUUUCUAACUAGCUUCAUUAGUUAACCCCAGCCAUUCAAUCACUGUGUGUUAUCAACAUAAACAGCAAAUCAAUUAAAUCAGAAUUCCUUUGGCAGACCAGGUUUCCAUUAAAAUUUAUAUAACAGCACAUUAAUUAAAUGCAUGUUUCUCUUUGGGACAUUUCCAUAUUGCAUAGCCGGGCAAUAUAAACUGGUUCAGUUCAAACUGUAUUACUGAUAUGUUGCAAGAUUGUUUGUCUCUUUUCUGUAGGAUAAUGUAUUCUCAGAUACUUUACACAAGGCAGGAAGAUGAUGAAAGAAUUUGUAUACUGUUGCAUUUAUCCAGUUUUUGAUGCUGUGGCACAGUGCUAUUGAAAUUCUGUUGUGCAUUUUGUAUGCAUGUGUCUGGCUUGCAGCAACAGGGAAAGAUUUGCCACUUCUUCCAAGUUUACUGCUUUGUGCCAAAAUUCUAGAAGACAAACUUUUUUUUGAAUAACAUAUAUGUUUCUGAUAAAACAUUAAAGUUGCCAUUGUUCUAGGAACUGAUUUGGCUUGUUGCUUCUUACAAGAGAUGAAACAAACUUGUGUGACUAAGAUGGCUGAGCUCCUGCGUAAGAUUAUUUUGUCCUGUGCAAAUGUGAUUUGGUUGAGUGAGUUAAUGAAGAAUUGAUGGAGAAAUGGCACUUGGCAAAGAUUCUGUUACCUUGCAGGUUUGAGACAAAAAUAAGUGUUGCAAAGAAAGGAAUUACCCAUGUUUUAUGGAAAGUUUCAAGACACUGGGAGAGAAAUUCUUUUAGUUUUUACCUUUACUCAGAUUGGCUUAAACUAAGUACAAAUGUAUAGCUUUCUAGUUUUAAAGAUACACAGCUCAAGUUUCACUGUGUUUGGUAAACUUGGAGAUAACUGCACACUUGAAAUACAUGUGGUUGAUGACGCAAAAGUCUACUUUUAGUUAAAGAGCAGCAGAGAGGGAAGAAGAAUGUUAGGUUUGGGCCUCCUUUGACUGUUACACAAAGAGGAUUACACACAAUGUUUUUGAAUGGUCUGGGAACUUUUGUUGUUUUGUGUUUAUUUUCAUCAGCUUUUUGCACUUACUGUUGUUUCAUAGUGGAAUGUGAAUUUCAUAAUAAACAUGAGUAACAUCAUUUUUCAAUA